AUGCGUCUUCUACUUACAUCUGCCUUGGCCACCACGGUCUCGGCCACAGGCCUCAUCCUCCCUCUGUACAUCUAUCCAGCGGCAACAUCGGACGACGGCGCAGCAAACUGGGCGCCCGUCUUCAACGCUGCAGCAUCCAACCGUGAUCUCUCCUGGCUGACCGUCGUCAACCCUCACAACGGGCCCGGCGACACUCAUCUCCCCGGCAACAACGACAUCAACUACAUACAGGGCGUCACCAAGCUCAACACUCACCCCAACAUCAAGCCCAUUGGAUACGUGCGAACCAACUAUGCCCAGUUUUCCCUGGAUCAAGUCAAGCAGGAUGUUGCCGCGUGGAAGGGCUGGGACACGUACUCGGCUUCCAACAUCUCCGUCCAGGGCAUCUUCUUUGACGAAUCGGCCCCGAACGCGCCCUACAUGAGUGCUCUGGUGGGAUACACGCGAGCCGCGUUCGGAAGGCCCAUCACCGUGACAUGCAACUUUGGCAAGGCUGUUGCGGAUGAGUUCUAUGACAUUUGCGACGUGGUUGUUGCCUUUGAGAGCUGCCUGAACUGCCCGGGGCUGCCGCAGUACAAGGACGCGGCGACUAUCCAGGCCAAUAUCCCCGCGAAUAGAAUGGGAAAGGCGGCGGUGAUUCUGAAUUACUUCACAGGAACGGCGUUUGAUGGCACUUUCGCUGAUGCGACUUUGGUGCACCGAUAUUUCCAGACGGCCAGAAACAUGGGGCUUGCGUGGGCGUACUUUUGCUCACAGGAUUAUAAUAACCUUUUGGCCUGGCCGGCUACUAUCUGGGAGGAUGUGAAGGCUUUGUCUUGA